UUUAAGGUUGUGACGGAGGAGCCGUCACGAGCUGGGCGUUAGAGUCCGUGUUAGCAUGCCCGCAUAACUGCGUACACACGCCGACAAACACACACAUCAUCACUAAUUUACUUUUGUUGCAGGUUGGACUGGGGCGGCUCAUCGUGGGUGCACACGCGGUGUUCCUGCUCCGGUUAAACAUUUACUGUAACCUUUUUUUUUAGCACUGGACGUUUUCCUGGUUUUUGUUUUCAAGUAAUGUGUUUCCGGAUUGUGACGUGCCGGGAGGGAGUCACAUGAGGAGGUGACGUCAGCAGAGCGCAUUGGGUGUUGUAUAUUAAAUUGAAUAUUGUAUUUUGUUUACAAGUUUAUUUAUUUAUUUAUUUUUUAUUAUUAUUUUGUAUACUGUAUAAACUUUAGGCUGAUUUGAAGUUUGAUUCAAAUCAGAAUCAAACUUCUGAUUUGAGUUAGAGAUGAUUAGUAUUUUGCUAGUUUGGAUUGUCUGUGGGCGGAGCCUGUGGCUUUAAAAGCAGGGCUCUGCUCCACAGGAGGCAGUCGGUGGUUAGACUGAGGAGAAGUCACGCUGGAGGUGAUGAACUAUUGCAAGCAAAGGUACUAAUGAUUUUUGAUUUCUAGCCUGCUCUGGAUGUCCUUUGUGUGUGAUCUGCACCUGCCACCUUUGUGAGAACCGAAUAAAUCUUCUAAAAUGAUCUCCAACUUGGAACAGUCAUUCUUUUUUGACUAAACCAUAAUAGAACCUCGUCACACAUGGUGUCAGGAGUGGGAUUAUGGCAAGCCGGAGAAGAGGAUCUCGUUUGGUGAAGCAAAGAUCUGGUCUUCGAUCACAAUCAAAGAUGGAAGAACAGGUGACUGACACAGCAUGGGAAAGCAUGCCGACGACGGAUGGAUCAGAUGAGGAAGGUGAACCGAAGCCUGGCCCCAGUGGAUCAAGUGCAUCUGGCAGUGAGUUUCUCACUUUGAUGAAGGACUUUAUGACAGGUCAGCAAAAGCGAGAGAAAGGGAUGCUGAAGGAACUGCGAUCUCUUAGGCUGUCCCUGCAGCAACCACAGCAAGUACCACGUUCUCACCUUCAGUUAGGAGUUGGUGCGGAGCAAAGUGACGAUGAUGACGAUGGUGAUCAAAGCCAUCAACCUCAGUCAGUAAGUUAUACCACUGAUCCAAAAAUUCCCCCAUAUCAAUUAGGAGAAGACCUUGAAAACUAUUUGCUGCGGUUUGAGCGCAUUGCCAAGACAUGGAGGUGGCCAGAGUGUGAAUGGGCGUGCCGUCUCAUUCCACUCCUUUCUGGGAAAGCGCUGGAGGCCUACGCUGCCAUGGAUGAGGACUGUGCUCACUGCUACACGGACUUGAAAACUGCUUUGUUAACAAAGUUUGACAUCUCACCUGAGACAUACAGACAGAAAUUCAGAGCAACAAGUAUACCUGUUGGUGAAACUCCUACUGAAACCUACCACCGCCUUAGAGGUCUCUACCGACGAUGGAUCCGUCCGGACCAGCAUUCCAAGGAGGACAUCGGGGAGCUCAUCAUCCGGGAACAACUGCUGAGCAUUCUGCCCUCUGAUGUAAGGACCUGGGUGAAGGAACAUGAACCUGAGGAUGGUCUGACGGCUGCAAAGUUGGCUCUACAGUACAUGAACGCACGGCGAGGAGGAGCAGUAUGGUUCUCCAACCCUGGACCGCGACCUGUUCAACCAGCUGGACAUCAACGGUAUCCCAGAGACCCAAGACAGGAGGUUAAAGGUAUCACCAGUUCUCUGAAUCCACCAUCUAAUGAAGACUCGUCCUGCUCAGAAAUCAGAUCGGGCGCUCCUCCAGCCACUACCAGUCAUCUCCACUCCUUUUCGUAA